AUGGUACCUGGGCAUGCACCAAAGUUUAAAACAUUAACGUCAAGAUUUGCAAAGAAUGUGAGUGAUGAUAUUGAUUCUAAAUUACUUGAGCAAAAGCAUUUUCUUACACUUGCAAAUUGGAUAGAUGAAAAGCAUGAAACCGCUGCUUACAUUAAAAAUAUUCCAUAUAAUUUUCAAUUGGUAUAUCGAACAUGUAGUCCUGGUAGUUGUUCUAUUGAUGAUCUCAUGAAGAAAACUGGACCGGAUAGUAAUGAUUCUUUUAUUCUGAUAUGUGAUCCAGGUGAUCGAGGGAAGUUACAUGGCAUAUCAGGUGGUUUGAAGCAAUCUAAUUAUAGGUUAGGAGGGUAUAUUUAUGAGAAUGAUUGGAGUGAUUCAACUGGAACAAAGAAUUUUCUGUUUUCUAUUAAAAUCGAUGAUGAUACCUAUGAGCCCAAAAUUAUUCGGAAUAACGAUAAAAAUAGAUUCUAUCACUCAUUUAUAGAGGCGUUCAAAUCCUCCAUGGGUUUUAAAGAAGAUGGUUCCGGAAAGUUCUUUUCAUGGGAAAUAUUUAAAUUGGAAAGGAUAGCUAUUACGAAACAAUUGAAUUCCAACAAUAACCCGGAUCAAAAAAAUAAUAAAAAUAAUAGGAGAUCAAAAAAAUUUGAGAUCUUUAGUAGUUUAAAGUCUAAGAUUGGUUGA